CAAACCUGGCCCCUGGUCCAACCAGGCCAGCCCCGCCCCCGUGUCCCAACCCGGCUCCCGGCCAGUCCCCUGGCCCAACCCUACUGCGGCACUGCCCCAGUCACCUUCCGCCCUCGGACCCCAAGCCCCGGCCCGGACGUCCCCACUCCAUUCCGGGCCUCGCUGUCCCGCGCCCCUGGAGUGAAGGCAUGACCCCUCGGACGCUCCAAGUGGGCGCUGUCCCUCUCCCACCCUCUGCGCUUAUAUUUUUACUAUUUUGAGGUUUGAGGUUUUUACUACUUUGUUAAAGAGAGUAACACCCACCAGGAGGCCACGGGGCAUCCUUCUUCCGCCAAGGAUUCUUCUCAGGAACCCCAGGAAGUGAGUGCUGAGCCCCCCAGGUCUGGAGGCAGACGGGUGGGCACUAGGCGGGGGUCUCGGCCCCACAAAGUGAAGCCGGCUCCAGAGACCCUCGCGCCCCAACUCCUCCUGCCACCCUCGGGCACUUAGCCGUCCAGGUCCCCCGGGGCGCCGGACUUGCCGGGUUGGACGCACGUUGACACGGUUGUCGCUUUACAGAAACUGAGCCAGGCGGGGUAGAGCUCGGACUCAGAGAUAGAGAUGGAAAAAAAUGCGUAUGUAUGCUUUAAUAUAUUUGCAUAGUUAGGUGUUUCGUAUUUCUAGUGCACAUGAAUGGCACAAAGGCCGCGCGCCUCGCACGCCCGGCGCGUGGUCCUCGCCCGCCGGAUGUUGACGGCGUCGCCUAGCAACGAGGGAUGGCGGAGCCUGACGGCGGGGCCCGCGGGUCUCACCCAGAAGGCCGAUCAUCUUCUGAAGGAGAAGAAGGCCAGAAUGAUGGAGGCAUCAGGGUAUCACCGGUAGGGGGGAGCAGUGACCAGAGAAAUGAAGAAGCGGAGGGUACUCCGGAACACUCUGGAGGAGAAAUCGGAAAAGAUGGGGAAGCCACAGCCCAGGAGGAGGCUGAUGACGAUGAGGAAGUCGAAAUCCAAGAGGAAAAGGAAACCAAUGGCGAACUCGAAUUUGAAGAGGAAUUAGAAUCUGGUAUGGAAACCCCGUCCUCUGAAGGGAAAGUCAGUUCCACAGACCUGGGUUACUCCGACAUCAGCCCUGGUGAGGUUCCUGGAGAUGAAGUCGGCCCCACAUGCCUGCAUGACAGAGCAAGGGGGAAAGCGAGUCUUGAAGGCAGAGAGGGCCCCAGCUCAUCCCAAUCCGGAGGACCGGGGGUCACCUCCGCAGAGCCCUCCCAGCGAACUUCGGGCUCACCCGAGCAAGUGGACCAGGAGUCGGAAGCGCCCCUCUUUCCUCUGGGGCAGCAGCACCGCCGGGAACACAGCCAGGGGAGCCGCUACGUGUCCGUGGACUUGGACCAGCCGUCUCCGGGCGUGGAGGGCCCCUCCUCACAGGAGCCAGAGCCCGCUGCCCCCCCCGGGGAAGGAGCUGCGCCCUCCUUCCUGGACAGGAUCCAGCAGCUAAGCAUGGCGGAGGAAGGGGGCCUGGGGGAGAGAGUGGAGUCUGAGGGCAGCGACGAGGCCGAGGAAGACAGGUCCCAGCUGGUGGUUUUGGACCCAGACCAUCCCCUGAUGAUCAGAUUCCAGGCUGCCCUGAAGAACUAUCUUAACCGGCAGAUAGAGAAGCUGAGGCUGGAGCUUCAGGAGCUGGGCGUGGCCACCAAGCAAGGCCGAGUCCAGCGGCAGGAGCUGGGGGUGGACCUCUACGGGGUCCAGCAGCACCUGGCCCGCCUGCAGAUGCAGCUGGAGAAGAGCCACGACCGCCACUCGACCGCCGCGUGCGCCAGGCGCCGUAAGGAGGAGGAGCUGCAGAGCGCGCGCCUGCUCUACGCCAAGACCUGCGCCGCCGCCGGCGAGGAGCGCAGACAGCUGGCGGCCCUGCAGACGGAGGUGGAGACCCUGGCUCUGCACCUCUUCUACGUGCAGAACGUGGACCAGGACGUGCGUGACGACAUCCGUGUGAUGAAGCAGGUGGUGAAGAAGUCGGAGGCCGAGCGGAUGCAGGCCGAGCUGGAGAAGCAGCAGCAGGACCUGCACGUGGACCAGCUCACCGUCCGAGCCAACCAGCUGGAGGAACGGACCGCCCUGCUCGAGGCUCAGUACCGCGCGCAGGCCGAGGACACCCGGACGCUCAGGAAAGCAGUGAGCGAGGCCUGUGCGGAAAUAGACGCCAUCAGCAUGGAGAAGAGGCGCGUCCUGCAGCAGUGGGCCUGCAGCCUGCUGGGCAUGAAGCACCGUGACGAGGCUCACAGGACCAUCCAGGAGGCGCUCAGUGAAUGCCAGCACCAAGUCAAGUCCAUGGACGGCGAGCUCGAAGCCUAUAAGAAGUCCAUCAUGAAGGAGGAAGAAAAGAAUGAGAAGCUGGCCAGCAUCCUGAACCGGGCGGAGACGGAGGCCAGCCUGAUGCAGAAACUGAUCUCGCAGGGCCUGGCCAAGGACGAGGCCCUGCAGAACGAGUUCAGCACCUACAGGCUCACCCUGCUGGACACGGAGGACGCACUGGGCAAGGCCCACGCGGAAUACACGGCGACCCUCGGCGAAUUGCAGACUCUCCAGCAGACCGUCCGGCACGAGGCGGAGCAGCGGGGGAAGAUGGAUGUCUGCAUUGUGGAGAAGCUGCGGGAGCACAUGACCUCCAACAAGAUGACCAAGUACUUCCACCAGCUCAUCCUGAAGCUCCAGAAGGAGAAGACCAACCUGGUGACACAUCUUUCCAAAAUUGAUGGCGACAUUGCUCAGGCCACCCUGGACAUCACGAACACCAACUGCAGGCUGGACAUGCACCAGAAGACGCUGGCCGAGCUGGACACGGAAGUGAAAAAAGUCAACGACCUCAUCACAAACAGUGAAAACGAAAUCUCCAGGCGCACGACCCUGAUCGAGAGGAAACAAGGCCUCAUCAACUUCCUCAACAAGCAGCUGGAGCAGACGGUGUCGGAGCUUGGGGGGGAAGAAGUGGGGCCCCUGGAGCUGGAGAUCCAGAGGCUAACCAGACUGCUGGAGGAGCACGACGCGAGCAUGACGCAGGCCCAGGUGGCCUGGCUGCGGCUGCAGCAGGAGAUGGUGAAGGCCACGCAGGAGCGCGAGGAGCAGCUGGUCUCCCUGGACGUGGCCAAGAAGGAGCUCCACAUCCUGGAGCAGAAGAAGCUCAGGAUCGAGAACAAGAUUGACCAGGAGAAGGAGGAGCAGAAGCAGCUCCAGCGCCACAUGAGGGACCUGGACACCGACAUGCAGGAGAAGCUGAGUCAGCUCGGCGAGGAGAAGGCGGCCUUGCUCAACAGCCUGGUGGAGGCCGAGCACCAGAUCAUGCUUUGGGAGAAAAAAAUCCAACUGGCAAAAGAGAUGCGUGCCUCAGUGGAUUCUGAGACGGGCCAGAUGGAGAUCCGGGCCAUGAAGGCUGAAGUCCAAAGGAUGAAGGUCAAGCACGGGCAGCUCCUGAAGCAGCAGGAGAAGAUGAUCCGGGACAUGGAGCUGGCUGUCGCCCGCAGAGAGACCAUCUCCACCCGGGCCGAGGGGCAGUGCAAGUUGGACAAGAAGCUGCUCACCCGGACGGACUUCCACCACAAGCAGACCGAGCUGCGGCGGAAGAUCAGGGACAUUCGCAAGGCCACCGAGGAAUGCAGCCAAACCAUCCUGGAACUGGAGGAAACUCAGAAAAGCGUGAGCGACUCCCUCCUGGAGAAACAGGAGCAGCUGUUGAGGAUGCAGUCCGAGGGGGACGAGCUCGAAGCCGACCUGGAGAGGCUGGCGGCCCUCAAGCAGCAGAACCUUUCCACGCUCGUGGCCCUGCAGACACGCGUUAAGCACCUGGAGGCCGUGAAGGAUGGGCGGUACGUGUUCCUGCUCCGCAACAAGCCAAUGCUGCUGGCUGAGCUCAAGCGUCUGGACCACCGGCUGGCCAGCAUCAACACCAUCCUCCACCACGUGAAGGACGAGUACCCCCAGUUCCAGGAGGCCCUGCUCAAAGUCAGCCGUUCCAUCAGCAACAGGCUGGAGUCACCUUGGACCUAGAGAGCCGCCUGAAGCCCACCUCCCAGCCCCCAAGGCCAGCCCCCGAGGAAGAGAUCGGUUUUGUAUCUUAUCAGGGACCUCGAAUCUUUCUGUAUCACCAGAAGCCACCUCUACCCUCCAAGAACGACACGGCUUAAGAGAAAUAGACAGCCAGCACUAUAGGAAUUGUAUCUUUAGCCACCCAGCAGUGUAAACCAAGUCAGCUCCCAACAUUUCCAGUUACAUUUAGGUGCGGCUUUCAUUUGCAAAAGCAGUGCCUGUGAAGGCAAACCCAUGUUCCAACGGCUUACUCGUCCGAGUAAAACUGGAAACCCAGGUCUCUGCUCUGGCACCCACUCCCAGCUCCGGUUAAAUCCAGAUUCACAGCUCACAGGAGUAAGUCCAAAGGGACAUGACCCCCGGGCUGUGUCGGUGGAGACCUGACAUCUGAGAUAAGAGUGUCCAGCCGCAUGAACAUGAGCCCCCUCCUGGCCUGUCCCCUUGUCCCACAGCCCUUGUCCACCCGAGGGCUCCUUCGCCCACUGAUUCCUGAGUACCUGCUACCUUGUGGCUUCUCUGCAGCUGAAAGGGAAAAUGUUCUACAAAAUAAUUUCACAUUUUUCAGCAGGAAAAUAAAUUUUUUUUCUGAAUAUGAAAGACGCGUAUUUAUUGUAAAACAUUUCAGAACUACAGAAACCACAAAGGAGCGGGGAAGCCCCCGAUCCCAGCCCAGGGAUUUUUUUUUUAAGCCACACAGACAUUUACUCCGUCCCUGCCUGGGGGUUGGGGGAGGGGGUCCGGGAACUGGGGGGCUGUCGGGCUUGACGCGGCGCGCGGCGCUCUCUGCGCGCGGUCCCGCCUGACGGUCACAGGCUCCGGCUUUUGCAGUUCGCUUUGGAAAGCUUCCUCAUCAUAGCACACGCCCUCAGUGUGCGGAAAGCCCCUUGUCACCGACCGUUUUCACAACAGUCGGUCUUACGGGUUAUGACAAUGUCUUCCUUUUCGGAAUAAGUGUACGUUGCUUCCAGAUGGUCGCUACUUUCGCCGUCUGGGUGCUGAACACCUGCGCCCGCCCUCCUGGCGAGAUUGGCAGUCUGGCUUUGGG